AUGGGACCUGGAAAUUAUUCCCACAUCACAGAAUUUCUCCUCCAGGGCUUGUCAAGGGAAGAAGGCACACAGCCCCUCAUUUUGGGCUUUUUCCUGACCAUGUAUCUAAUCACAGUGCUGGGGAACCUACUCAUUAUCCUGGCCACCAGCUCUGACCCCCAUCUCCACACGCCCAUGUACUUCUUCCUCGCCAACCUGUCCUUGGUGGACAUCUGCUUUGUCUCCACCACCGUCCCCAAGAUGCUGGUGAACACCUGGACGCAGAGUCACACCAUCAGCUUCGAAGGCUGCAUUGCUCAGAUGUUCUUUGCUAUCCUCUUGGGUGUGUUGGAUGAUUUUCUCUUGACCGUCAUGGCUUAUGACCGUUAUGUGGCCAUCUGUCACCCCCUGCACUACACGGUCAUCAUGAACCCCCGGCUCUGUGGAUGGCUGGUUCUGGGGGGCUGGCUCAUCAGUGCUGUGUAUUCUUGGCUGCAAAGUUUAAUGGUGUUGAAUUUGUCCUUCUGUACCGAGCUAGAAAUUCCCCACUUCUUCUGCGAACUACAGCAGAUGGUCCGCCUGGCGUGUUCUGAUACUUUCCUUCCUGACAUAGUGAUGUAUUUUGCAACUGCCAUCUUGGCCGGCGGUCCCCUGGCUGGCAUCUCUUACUCUUAUUCACGGAUCAUUUCUUCCAUUUGCCGAAUCUCCUCUGCUCAGGGCAAAUAUAAGGCGUUUUCUACCUGCGCCUCUCACCUCUGUGUGGUCGCCUUAUUCUAUUGCACCGUCCUCGGGGUCUACCUGAGUUCCAACACUACCCACAGCUCGUCCUCAAUGGCAGUUGCCUCAGUGAUGUACACAGUGGUCACCCCCAUGCUAAACCCCUUCAUCUACAGCCUCAGGAACAGAGACAUCAAGGGGGCCCUGAAAAGAUGUGUUGGGUGGACAGCCAUCCAAGAAGCAUCAGUCUUGGGGGUGAAGACUUGCCCGUUAUUGAAAACUUUAAAAUCUCAGCCCAGGAAAUUGUGA